GGUGCUGGGCCAUUUUGAGAAGCCGCUGUUCCUGGAGCUCUGUAAGCACAUGAUCUUCCAGCAGUUCCAACAGGGCGAGUACGUCUUCCGGCCCGGCCAGCCCGACACCAGCAUCUACGUGGUGCAGGAUGGCAAGCUGGAGCUCUUCCUGACCCAGCAGGGCCAGGGUCUCGGCCUUGGCUGGCUGCUGGGCUCGGGUGAACGUGGCUGUAGGCUGCUCUCUGAAUCUUUUGGCCUGAAGCCGUGGGGUACCCGCUGGAUCCCUGGCUGUCCUUGGCAAUGCCCACCACUGGUAGGCUGCUCUACCCAAAGGAGGAAGCAGGGGCACCCCAGCCUGGGUGCAGGGACCCAUGGUUACCUGGUUCUCACACAGGGGCACCAGCGGCCAUACCGGACUGUGUCUGCGCGGGCAGGUGAGGACUCCACAGUGCUGCGGCUGCCAGUCGAGGCCUUCUCUGCCGUCUUCGAGAAGUACCCCGAGAGCCUGGUGCGGGUGGUGCAGAUCAUCAUGGUGCGUCUGCAGCGGGUCACCUUCCUGGCCCUCCACAACUACCUGGGGCUGACCAAUGAACUCUUCAGUCAUGAGAUGCAGCCGCUGCGGCUCUUCCCCCAGCCCAGCCAUGCCUCACGCACCAGCCCUGUCAGACACAGCAAGCGCGUCAUCAGCGUCUCCUCCAUCGACGACCAUAAGGAGAGCUCUGGGAGGCAGCCAGAUGCCAGCACCAAGGACCUGGGUAAGGGUUGCCCUGGCUCAGGGUGGGGAACGCAGCAGCUGUGCUCCCCCCCAGGGCAACUGAGCUGGGCAUGGACCGGACAGGGGUGAAAGAACUCAAGGGUGCAGAAGGGCUCAG